CUGUAGGCGGACCAGCACAGUCGUAGCCUGUAUCGUCAGACCAGACAUAGGAUACAGACAACAACAGUGACAGAUCAAGACCGCAUUUCUGUUUGCAACCUGCUAUGGGUGUAGUCUGAAAAGUGGAUACAGUAGCGCACCGCAGUAUACCUCGAAGUUUUAUCCUCAUGAAGGAGCUCCGUCCUGGCUGAGUUUGGGAGAUGGGAGUACUCAACAUUGCAGACCAGCCUCCUCUGGUCCAGGCCAUCUUCAAUCGUAAUGCUGAAGAAGUUCAACUACUAUUGCACAAAAAGGAGGAUGUCAAUGCACUGGACCAAGAGCGCCGUACGCCACUUCAUGCUGCUGCCUGUGUGGGUGACGUCCAUAUAAUGGACCUCCUCAUUGAAUCAGGUGCCACUGUAAAUGCUAAAGACCACGUAUGGUUGACCCCGUUGCACAGGGCGGCUGCUUCCAGGAAUGAAAGGGCAGUGGGUCUGCUGCUGAGGCGUGGAGCAGAGGCAAACGCACGAGACAAGUUCUGGCAGACUCCGCUGCAUGUGGCGGCUGCCAACCGUGCCACACGUUGCGCAGAGGCUCUGCUGACCCAGCUGAGCAGCCUGAACAUGGCAGAUCGCACGGGCAGAACUGCCCUGCACCAUGCUGCUCAGAGUGGGUUCCAGGAGAUGGUGAAGCUGCUGCUGAACAAAGGGGCCAACCUGAGUGCCAUCGAUAAAAAGGAGAGGCAGCCUAUCCAUUGUGCUGCUUACUUGGGGCAUGUGGAGGUUGUGAAGUUGCUGGUGUCCCGUAGUGCAGACAAGAGCUGCAAGGAUAAGCAGGGCUACACACCUCUCCAUGCAGCUGCUGCAAGUGGUCACAUCGAAAUUGUAAAGUACCUACUGAGGAUGGGGGCAGAAAUCGAUGAGCCCAAUGGCUUUGGAAACACUCCGCUCCAUGUGGCUUGCUACAUGGGACAGGAGGCAGUGGCUACCGAGCUGGUGAACCACGGAGCUAAUGUUAACCAGCCCAAUAAGUGCGGCUACACCCCUUUGCACCUGGCCGCUGUCUCCACCAACGGUGCCCUCUGUCUGGAGUUGCUGGUCAACAAUGGGGCAGAUGUCAACCAGCAGAGCAAAGAAGGGAAGAGCCCCCUGCACAUGGCAGCCAUUCAUGGACGCUUCACACGCUCUCAGAUCCUCAUCCAAAAUGGUGGGGAAAUUGAUUGCGUGGAUAAGUAUGGCAAUACUCCUCUCCACGUUGCUGCUAAGUACGGCCAUGAACUGCUGAUCAGCACUCUGAUGACCAACGGAGCAGACACGGCCAGACGUGGGAUCCAUGGAAUGUUCCCCUUGCACUUAGCUGUGCUGUACGGGUUUUCAGACUGUUGUCGCAAGUUACUCUCCUCAGGUCAGCUGUAUAGUAUAGUUUCAUCUAUGAGUAAGGAGCACGUACUAUCGGCUGGGUUUGACAUAAACACCCCUGACAACUUUGGGAGGACCUGUCUACACGCUGCUGCCUCUGGAGGAAAUGUUGAAUGUCUGAACUUGCUCUUAAGUAGCGGUACCGACUUGAAUAAGAGAGACAUAAUGGGAAGGACACCGUUGCACUAUGCGGCUGCUAAUGGGAGGUACCAGUGCACUGUGACCCUGGUGAGCGCUGGCGCUGAGGUCAACGAGCCUGAUCAGACAGGCUGUACUCCCCUGCACUACUCUGCCGCCUCUCAAGCCUUCAGCAGAGUUGAUCGUCAUUUUUCUGGGAACCAUCAGAACGAUGAGGACGAGGCAAAGGAGUCGUACUUCUGCUUGGAGCAUCUUUUGGACAAUGGUGCUGAUCCAUCGAUGGUCAACUCAAAGGGUUACAGUGCUGUUCACUAUGCAGCUUACCAUGGCAACAAACAGAACCUGGAGUUGCUCCUGGAGAUGUCUUUUAAUGCACUAGGAGACAUAGAGAGCAGUAUUCCAGUCAGUCCACUGCAUCUUGCUGCUGAUAAGGGCCACUGGCAGGCGCUGCGUGUGCUGACAGAGACUGCAGCUUAUGUGGAUAUGCAGGACGCUGCAGGCCGUUCUGUGCUCUACUUGGCUGCCCAGAAAGGCUACACCCGAUGUGUGGAGGUGCUGUUGGCUCAGGGGGCCUCCUGUCUCCUCAAUGACAACCGCUGCAUGUGGACUCCAAUUCAUGUUGCAGCUGCCAAUGGUCACACAGACUGCCUGCGCAUGAUGAUUGAUUAUGGAGAGGAGGGGGAUCUCAUCAACAUUGCAGACAAAUUUGGCCAGACGCCUCUGAUGCUAGCUGUUCUGGGAGGUCACACUGACUGUGUCCACUUCCUGCUGGAGAAGGGAGCCUUGCCAGAUGCUAAGGACAAAAGGGGCAGCACAGCUUUGCACAGAGGGGCGGUUUUGGGUCAUGAUGACUGUGUGACAGCCCUGCUGGAGCACAAAGCUUCUGCACUUUGUCGGGACGCCCAGGGUAGCACACCGCUGCACUACGCUGCAUCCAGAGGCCAUACAGAGAUCCUGGCUAGUGUGAUGCAGGCCGCCAUGGCAACAGACCCACAAGAUAAACUGCUGGACAACAAACAAUACACCCCAUUACACUGGGCUGCUUACAAAGGGCAUGAAGACUGUUUGGAGGUUUUACUUGAAUUUAAAACAUUUAACCAUGAAGAGGGAAAUCCUUUCACCCCCCUGCACUGUGCUCUGAUAAAUGGCCACAGCGGUGCUGCAGAGAGGCUGCUGGAAUCUGCUGGGGUCCACAUGAUUAACACCAGAGAUGCCAAAGGAAGGACCCCACUGCAUGCUGCUGCAUUUGCGGAGGAUGUUGCAGGACUUCAGCUGGUGCUUCGCCAUGGGGCAGAGAUCAAUACAGUGGACAAAAGUGGGCGCUCUGCUCUGAUGGUAGCCGCUGACAAGGGACACAGUGGCACCGUGGCCAUCCUCCUUCACCGGGCCAAGGCUGACCUGACACUGCUGGAUGAAAACAGGAACACUGCCCUGCACCUGGCCUGCAGCAAGGCUCAUGAGAUGUGUGCCCUGCUGAUUCUGGGGGAGAUCCACAGUCCAACACUCAUAAACGCCACCAACAGCGCUCUGCAAAUGCCCCUCCAUCUGGCAGCACGUAACGGCCUGGCUACGGUGGUGCAGGCACUGUUGAGUAGAGGAGCCACGGUGCUGGCUGUGGAUGAGGAAGGCCACACCCCAGCCCUGGCCUGUGCUCCCAACAAGGAUGUGGCUGACUGCCUGGCUCUGAUCCUCUCUACCAUGAAGCCUUUCCCCCAGCGGGACCCUUCCUCCUGCUCCUGCUCCUCUCCCACCGUCUCCCAAUCCCCGGGUCUCAACUUGCUGAAGCACUGCGGCAUCACCGCCACCUGCGCCCCCCUGCCCAGCAAUGGCCUCCACAAUGGCUACGUCAAAGAUCGUCACGGUGCACCGGUUGGCCUGGACGGGUGUCUGUCUGAGUGAGGUCUGGUGCCCCCCUCAGUCAGCUGCUAUCACCAUCAUCACCACUGGGGGAGGGGGGGACUGGGGGGGGCUCCCUUUAACAUGGCCCUGAGGACCAGGAGAGCACCCACCCUCAUGUCUGUUCUGUGUAUGUACGUGUUUGUGUGUCUGUGUGUGCGUGAGUGUUUGGUCUUCUCUUGAGGUGCAGUCAAACCUAAUAUGCAAUUAGAUCCCAUUCCUCCAUCUCCUAGUAGUGCUUAAUAUAUAGAGGCGUUAUUGCUCUACAAGGUCACUCAAAUGAAGUGUGGCAUCCAAAACAAACACUAGCAAUCUGGCCAUCUCUAAACCAUUUAACCCUUUAAAACCACAUUGACAUAAUUAUAUAACUGACAUCUAAGAGCAUGGAUAUUGCUGUAACCUCGACUGUCUUACUAUUCAUAUCAUUCAAUAGAAAAGUCAUAUCAUGUUUAAUGAUUUGUGGUGACCUUGUAGAGGAACGCAGAGCCUUCCCAAAAGAACGAUCAAAGAAUUUCUUUGUUUGUUUUUUGAUUAUUUUUUUUCCUUUCUUUUUUUUUUUUUUGUUUUUGUUUUUUUUAUUGUCCGUUAGCUUAGAUUUUUAUGAAGGAACCACACAAGGGAAAAUCUAAAUUUUGCUUAAGAGUGCAAUGCUUGUGUACUACAGUACAAUCUGAAAAAUUUGGAAAAGGGUCACAAUGAUGUUAAUUCCAUAGUGUACUUUAAAUGUACGGCCUAGAAUUGUUUGGCAUUUUAAGAUAAUUUGGUAAUGCUGCUGAAUACGUUAGCACGUCUCCUUCCAAAGGAGAGCCAUGCUCGGGUCAGCAUUGUAACAUCGGUUUGUUCUUAAUGCUGACUUCAUGUUUUAAAGAUGCUAAAUAAGUGUUUGUUAAGCUAGAAUGUUUCUAAGCAUAUAACUUAUGACCAAAGUUGAUCAACACUAUUAUGGCUAUAAAUUAUUUAUUUGAGAUGAACUGUACUGUAUAGAGAAAGACAAUAGAUCUUGAUAUACCUCGUCAACUCGUUUAGCAGCUGCUUCAUCUUCACCCAGGGUCCGUAGGCCUAACGUUCUCUUUUUGUAGGACUAGAGAACUACUGUAAGAUAGUGACUGACUGAGGCCUUGUUUAUUUCUAGAUGAAGGCUUUACUAGUAAUAUCUGCCAACAACACCUCAUCAAAGCAUCAUAUAUCUGAGCACAUAAGUGAACAAGCCAUUUCAAUUAAGUUCCCAUCUCUUAAACAGUGUUUUUUGGAAAAGACUUCAUUGAAUUGAAUUCAAUUUGAAUGGCCUAAUUAUCGAAAGAGAGCAAUCAGUUUUGGUUUUUAGGCACUCAUGAUGUUUUUUCUUUGUGUUUUUGAAGUUGAACUGGCCAUCGGCAUUGCAGUUUUAACAAGCUUUCACUAAAGGAAUUUUUCUCGGAGCUGGCGAACUAGUCUUAAACAUCUGAUAGCUCAUAUCUCAACUCCUCGGUGGUCAAUUCCGAUCAAUUUGAACCGAUAAAGAGUGUUGUCUGCUAUUUUUAUUGGGCAGUUUUCAAGCAAUAUUUUCUUUUGGCCUUUUUGUUUUAAUGUUCUUGAAUAGACAAUCACUGUCACAAGGGCUUUUGUUUCCCUGGAAUGUGUUUAAUUUUUCAUUUUUUUUCUGUUUCUCUUUAUUAUUUCAUGAAAAGUUACCUAAAGACUAAACGAAUGGCUUUGUUUGUGCCGGGCAUUUUACUGUCAGUGUCAACACAAAUGCACUGGAUUGCCUUUACGGCGUCUCAUGAAAUGCCUUUUGACCCAUGCCUUCCGUAACGCAUCAUUUCAUUUGGAUUGCUUAACGGCAGAGUAUGAUUAGCCUUGAGAUCUUUCCACCCAUUUGAUAGCGACAGCAUUGAACCACGUAGUAUCCAGUGGAAAAUGAAUUUGCUUGGCAUAUUUGAUAUGUUCCAGCAUUAUCAGUGACCAGGGAGUUGAUAUCCCUUAUAGAAGCAAAUAGGGCUAAGAGGAAAAGGAGAGGGAUCUUAGCUUAGGCCAAUACCUGUUGUUUAGAUUUCAGGAAUAGCAGAAAUCCAAAUAUGUGCUUUUUCUUCUUCUUUUUGUUUUGUUUGUUUUUUUUGGGGUUUUUUUGUUUUGUUUUGUUUUGUUUUUGGUGUUCAUUUUGUUGUCUCCUCAUCCCAUUUCUGGUACUAAGCAUACUAAAGAUGAUUGUAUUGGACCACUAGAGCUGUUUGUGACGUUUAGAUGUUAUCUUUAUGCUAUUUUGUCAUUUUUACUUUUUUAGACCAUCUGCUGGUGGUUAAAUUACACUGAGUCAGAUUGUUUUCAUUGGUGUGAUAACUUCAUAUCCACUGGUAAUGAAGUGGCACAAUUGCACACAUUAGAUGACUGGAUGAGAGAUGAGGACCUAGAUCAGGCUGUGUCGUUAAAUACCCCUGCGAAAAGUCUUUAAUGUAUUUUUGCUUCAUUUACUAAAAGACCAUUUCGGAGCAGUAAUCACUCAGUAAUUGACCUCCAUAACUGAUUACCAUAACUGACUGAAUUGGUGACUCCCCCCAGCUUUUGUUCUAUUGCGCAAUUUAUAAUUUCUAGGAGAGCAGUUGUAUUAUUAAUAUUAGGAAUAGGUACAUAAUUUUUUGUAAUCUCAGGAUCUGUGCUGAAGCAGCAGGCAGAAUUUAUUAAUCCAAUCAGAUCGCAGCAGGAUGAUUAUGUCUACAUUAUUUGAUGGGAUGUUCUGUAAUUUAAUUCUUUUUUAACCCUAAUCCCACAGCACUUAAUUAGAUAGUCGAGCACGCACUUUAGUACAUUCAGGUUCUAAGUGUGCAAAAUAGAGCAGAUGUAAUGUAUGUACUUAUGUUUACAUGCAUGUGUGUUGCUGCUGAGUACAGGAAGGAAGAGUUUCUAAAGACAAGCAAAGGCUGCAACACAAUUGUACUCAAACAAUGCAUUAUUUAAAAAAAAAAAAAAAAAAAAAAAGCAAACAAAAAAAACAUGUGCACUGUCUCUAAGUACUUCUUGACAGUGUCCACUGCCCACUGACUUUUUUUUUUUUUUUUUUUGUUAUCUGUUUCUGGGCAACCGACCCAAAAAAGUGACAAGAUUACAUUACCCAGCCUGCUGUUAAUACUACAGACUCUGGCCUAAGUCACUCGGUCAGUCCAGUGAAACAGACACCUCAGGCUGGCUCCGCAAAAUACUCCACAUGCUCUCUCUGUCCCUCUGUAGGUGCUGUCUGUUUGGGCAGGGAUUGUUUUCUCUUGUGAUGUCUUUAUCUGACCAGUAAAUGGAGCCAUCGCCCCUGCAGCUGUACAAGUUGCAACUGAAUCCUUGUGUUGUAUCACAGUAUUCUUAUACAUGCUUUUUUUUUUUUUAAUUUGCAUAUACCAGUGCUAACUGAGUGAUUGUGCAUGAAGCUAGCUCACAAUUUUGGUUUAGUAACAGUUAACAAGUGGCGCAUAUACAAUAUAUAUAUCUGGAGUCAGAAAUGGAAAGCAAUGAAAGGUCCAAUUGUAGCAAUAGAGAGUGUGUGUAAUCGUGUGCAGCACAGAUAUUGCACUGCCAUCCAUUUAGGCCAAUUCAGUAAAUCAUAGCAUAAAUGCCAAUGGAAGAUUUAAAUGCGGGUUAGAUGUUAUAACCUUUGGUCGCAAAUAAGGCCUGUUUGCCAAAACGUGUCGAGAGGGGAAACACCUCUUAGUAAAGCAGCAAUGGAUUUAUGCAUAUGUUCAAGCAGUUUACAGUCUGACCAUCAAAUCUGAGCCAUGAAUUUUUUGACUGAAAUGAAUGUAGGGUCAGUUUAGAGCAGGGCAAUUAGCUUUCUCCCGACUUUAAACUGUUGCUCUUCAUUUGUCUUGCGUAGAUAUGAUUAUACAGGUAGCAUGUAAUAACCUAAUUCUCUACAUAUUAUACAGUAUGUGUUGUAGUCUUCCUGCAUUGAGGGUCUGGAUAGGUUUUUUUUUUCCCCCUUGGCAUUAUUGUUGGAGUGUAGACCUGCUGUUGUGUAAUAUCGCUCUUCUUUCUCUAUACAUUUGUGUGGAGUGUAGCCUACAAGGUAAACAGAGGACAAGAGUUCAGAUGAAUUUUAACAUUCAUGUUCAUCCAUUCCAUUGAGAUUGCCUUACAGUACAGUAAAACAAGACGGACAAAAAGGUCUGCAGAAGCAAACUCGUAAAUAGCCUAUAUUUGACAGAAAUGCACCUAAGCUACACCCAUUUAGUGCCAUAGAAACCUUUAUUUGCCUUUAGACAUAAAUCAUACUUAUUGGUCAGUAACUUAUUCAGAAGUAGGCAGGAUUAUUAUUAUUUUUUUUUUUUUUUUUGGAGCUGCAUGAUUUUUCACCAAUUAUAUUAGUCAAGGAAAAACUAUAUAAAUAUUUGCAUGGGAUAUUAGUACUUAAAUGCAAGUAUUCUGUUAAAAUUGGUGUUGGUAGAGUCUAUUGUAUAAUUGGACAUUUUUGAAGAAUAUAGUUAGUCCCUUUGGUAUUGGCAAAGCAGUCCCUAGGUUGUGUGUUUAUAUAACAAGAUGGUUUAUAAUGUGUGUUACCAGGAAAAAAAACAAAAACAUUUUUGAUGUCCACAGAAAGCAUGGUAUAUACAGUAUAGAAUUGAUUUGCCUCUAUGGAUGUCUUGGUUCUUACUUGAAGUAAAUGGCAAAUUUCAAUUCAACACUCUGAUCCACUGUUGAGCCUUUUGCCUUAAAAUCUGAAUAAGGAAACGGCACCUGGCAGUACCUGAUAAGUUGCAUCACCUGUAGAGUUAUGCUACUUGGUUGGAUUGCUUAAAAAAAAAAAAGAAUUUUUGGCUAAUUUUGGUCUUACAGACAUCCUUGGGUGUCGAGAAGCACACAAAUCAAUUGAGGUAGCACAUAGCUCGAGGUUGCCAUGGUGCAGAGAUUGUUUCUGAGAGGUUAGGAUAUCGCCAUAUUUGCCACUGUGAAUGAAUGAAUUCAGAAUUCACUCGUAAACAAUCAGCUUUGGCCUCGCUGUCAUCCAGAGCCAAAGGACACUGGGGAUGAAAGUGGUGUACCUCGCAAAAUAUUGAUGGAAAGGAAAUUCUUAUGACAAAAUGCUUGUACAGCUAUGCUAACAAAGAGUUAAAAUCUUGUGAUCCAUUUUGUUGUGGGUAGUGUAAUUCUGCUUAAACCAGCCUAAAUCAGAGAUGUAUCUAUGCGGAAGUGUUAGAUUAGUGUCGGCAGAUGUCUCAUGUUUUUCUACCUUACAAAGGGGCAGCCAACUGCACCUUGUACUUUUUAUUGGACCUGCAGUUUUACCUCAUCAGUGAUAUUUUGUGUGAUGACGCUGACAUUUAUCCUCUGUGAUUUCUUCUCGAUUUUCCUGAUGCCAGUCGUGUAGAUUUCUCUCUUGUAGUUUGUGUGGGUGUGUGUGAGAGAGAGAGAGUGAGUGACUUUUCAAUAUACGCGUGUCAAACCUGAACAUGCACAAGUCCCUUUUUUUUUUUAAGAACAGAAAAGCGUAGUUAACCAUGUUUCUCUUCAUUACAACCAACAGACGAGUCGAUUUUCUGGCGCAGGUCUUAUAGGGCGAUGGGUCUAGUCUUAUUUAAGGUGGGAGAUGAAGGUAGCUAUGAAACUUUACCUCUGUAAGUCAAAACAAUACAGUUUUACUGUAUGACUAAUGCUAGUUUGACCGCCUUCCCUGCCUGGUUAUUCAUUUCCCCCCACCAAUAGGACCUGUGUAAUAUCGAGCACAGUGGUGGCAUGGUGCCUUUUAUUUGUUACUACCGAAAGGUACGGUCUUCCAUUUGUAUUUCCCAGAAGCCUUAUGAUGGGAAAAAGAAAAUACAUUGAACGUACAAGACUUCGCUAAAUAGGCUCACAUUGAUUAUUUCAACCCUGUGUGAUCUGAGUUCUAAGAAAAAUGCCUGAAAAACUUCUGUAUUAGUCUGGAUUUCAUGAUGCAUUUCCAGUGACUGAGUGCUCCCUUUGGGUGGCAGAAUAAAUUGCACAUUACUGAUACGAUUUUAGGGCACAUCAAACUUUGAAUGGAUGGGGAUCAAUAGUACGAAAGCACAAAUCCAAAGAAGGCAUCGCUGGGCUCAGUUAGCUCUCCCAACACCAAGGAGUGAAGGAGCCUAUAGACCAAAUUGAGGCAAAGAUGAAAGGAAAAAAACAUCUGACGACUCCUCUUAAGUACAGAACACAUGAGGUUUGAUUGUCAGUAACACAUCAACUGUAGAAAGACCAUUGUCUACGACUUCAGAGCUUCUUCUGAUUGUUCUCCUCAACAGCUUUGGCAUCCGUUGACCAUCAGUAACUUCACAAUAUAAACCCAAGUUGUGAAAUGAUGCGGUACCUUCGUUCAAGAUCAAGUUUAGGCAAACUGUUUGUUGUGACUGUGUUGCAAAUUGAUUGUAGAGAUUGUUUUGUGUUAUUUAGGGUAGACUGACUACAAGUAGGUUUGCAGUAGUAGCUGUGUGCCGUGUUAAUAACAGUGUGAUCAUACUAUAGAAUUGACGUGACAUUUGUUGUCUUACCACGACAUUGAGGCAUGAAUCAUCUUCUCUCAAGCUGACCUCGUUUGAAAUAGACAAAAGAUAAAAGUGCAAUAACCUUUUGUUUAUUAUUGUUUCCUCAGUUGGAAAAAAAAUAUUUAAUAUGCCCUUUUUUUGUUAACACCAAAAGUCACUCAUCUGUAGCAAAUAAAGGAUUUCAGUUGGUCCUCUUGUUUGUGUUCAGAGAGGUGGCAUUUGAUAGUGGAGUGUUUGAUAUUCCAUUCUUAAAACUGUGAUUGAUGUCCAACUUUAAAAGCUGCCUGCUCAGAGAAAGGACUGUGCACAAGUUGACCCAUAAGAGUUGAGUAGGUGCUUUUUGUUUUCCUUCUUCUUGUGGAUGGACUUAGAUGGUAUUGUAGGUUUGGACUUCUGGUUUGUAGCCAGUAGACAUGUUCAUUUGCAUGUGUAGAUGUGUAUAUGCAUCCUCUUCCUUCUUGAAUGACACGUUUUCUCAAAAAUAUUUAGACCUGCUGUCAGUGAUGUAUGCGGAUAAAAGGAAAUAUAAAAUGCCUUAUAUUUGUUUUUCGAUAUUAAGCAUUAAGGGUUCUUGCGUGUCCCUCCCUUUUCAGCGUGUAGCCUAAAGCUUGUACAGUUAAGAAACUCUUGAGAUUUAUAUCUACUGUAUAGCCUAUGUGUUUUCAGAAUUUGUUACUCGGAGGUCCUGUGAUUGUGGUUUUAGAGAAACAUUCCCCUUGAAAGUGCCGUUUGUUUUCACCAGCAGAGGAUGUGUCUUGGGGGGGAAAAUGUAUUUACACGAAGGAAAACAAAUGUUCAGAACACUUUGCAGUGUUUACUUUGGAACCUGUUGAACUGAAUGACACAAAGUAUUUGUGCAGGUGAAAUAAGGCAGCAAUCUUCUCACGGAGCACCUUAUCGUCUUGCUCCUUCUGUGAGCCCACGAUGGAAGUAGUCUCACAUCAAACUUGAUUACUCUAAAGCAGAGCCAUAUCAGAGAAUUUGCCCAUUAGGAGCCCCCUUGAAUGUGCUAUUAGGAAUAGCCUACUGUAGGAAAGGAUGUAUAAUGCAUGUUCUGUGACAUUUUUAGUAGUGGUAGUCCCUUUGAUGUCUUUUGUUUUUAGUCCGCUUCACUGUAGAUGUUCCCACCUCAUUUCAACUCGCAAGCUAUUAACAAUCCUCUCACAACUGGACUUGAAGCAGGCUUUGAUCUGCUGCGGAGGCAGCCUUAAUUCAUUGCAGAUUUUAAAAAAUGAUAGAUAAUGGGUUGCCUGUUUUACUUUGAGUGGCUUAUUUGGGGAAAUAUAAAGGAGCCCUUGUCAUGAAGGGGAAGGACUCUGAAUCAGGGCAUGUGAUGAGUUACAAUCAAAUAAUUUCACAGUGCACCUUCACAAAAAAAUUAAAAAGUUUAAAAAAAAAAACAAACAAAAAAAAAAAACAGUUGGCUCGUCCAUCCGACAUUCCAAAGUUGAUUUCAGUUUCCACAGUCCUGUCCCGCUGAUUGAGGGAAUCGUUUAUGCUUUGCUGGUGAAUGAAGUAGGCAUGUGUGUCGAUGACAGGGUUCCCUAUUUAGCCUAACGCUGAUUACCUCAUUUAUAAAUCUGCAAAUCUACUACUCUACUGUGUGUAAAGGAGUCAGUGCCAUCACCAGCAGCGUGGUCUCUCGACCUGUGAUGACAAGAGGACCAAUGAAGUUACUCUGUUGAAAUUAGCAAAUUUAGAACAUGACUGGUCUGGAAACAUUAGGGUUAAGAUGCUCUUCAAAUUUUUUUGUAAGGCACAAUGGGCCUCCAAGAUUUCUUCAGUUAGUAAAUCACCACAGCUGCUACACCAGUCUGCAUCUGGAGUUAUCAGGAAAGCGGCAGAUACAAUACUUAGGUUUUUGUGGGAUGUUUUAAUUUGGUGGUCAAAUGAUAUUGCACAUAAUUUUACAAAGAAAAGGUGAAAAUCUACCAAUUCAUUUGUUAAGCAUUGCUCCUUAAAUGCUGACUGGAAUAGCAACUGUUGGCACUAGCAUGGUUCAAGAGGUUGAGCCGAAGCCUGGCGCAUCUCACUAUUAUUUAAGUGAACGAUCAUGUUAGCAUCACUUGCUGUUUUUCAGUAGCAUUUCUCCUACCUCCUUGUUUUGCAGCCUUGAGCAUUGUUUGUCUCUCCACCUGUUCUGACUUAAAAAAAAAAAAUCUAUUGACAGUACGGGAAUACAGAUUUAUCAUAAGCAAUGGUAGUUAUACAUUAAAAGUGUGCUUGAUUGUGCUGUAUGUGUAUAUGUCUGUUUGACGUUGGAAAAAAAAAUAUUUAUGAGAAGCAUUUAUACGACAAAAUACCACUGGAAUGUGAAGCCAGACAAUGUUAUGAUGCAGAUUAUGAUGAUAGUCUAUCCCCUUUAACAUUCAGUGGUGAAUGGUCAGACGACUCAUCUUCCUGAAAAUAAAUAACCAUGCAUUGGCUUUUAUUAACACCAUCUAUUUCUUUGGUUUCCUCUUGUCCAUAUACUUCCCUGUUUAGACUAAUAUACAUUAUUUCAACGUUUACAGCUUCAUUAUGGGUCAGCCAUCUAUUGCCCUGCAGUUAUAAUGAUACCACAGGUCACAGAUAGUAAGAUAGUAAGGUGGAUUUGUAAUUCUGUAUGAGGGCGAGUUUGAGCCCUUCGAGCCGUAUGCCUUCGAAUCCAUCUGUCCGCUCCCAACCAAAUUCUGCUAGAUAGGCGUCUGUCUCCACACUGCCCCGACAUUUUACAUUCAGUUUGACUACAAGGGGUACAGGACAAGGUGAAAGGUUUGAGGUUUUCUGACCAGGGCCCCCUAUCUACCCACUGCCCCUUGCGCCCACCCACAUGCCUAAUCCAGGACAAGACCAGUCCCACCCCCUGUCACCCACCCACUGUUUCACCUAAACCUCAAGCCAUUCAUUUUUUUGUUUUGUUUUUUCAACAAUGCAAUCCUGAAAGCACUUUGCCUUGUUAUUCCUUUGUGUGAACAUGUGAAUGAUAAUUUGUUACAAAAAUGUUAAAUAUGUAAAAGAUCAUUCACUGUUUUGGAAAAACCUGCAUCUGUCUUUCUGACGUUAAAAGAAAAAAAAAAAACAAUUUAGUGACAUUAAACCUGAAUCUAUUUUAUAAAAUGUUUGCUGCAGCCAAUUGGUCUUGUCAUUCAGUAUUGUGGCUUAGGGUUGUUUGUGUUCAAUAAAGUGCUAUUGCUAAAUA